GGAAGGAGGGUGGUUUUAUGGAGAUAGUGGCGAUCCGGUUAUCCGGUUCGGAAUGAUGGGCAGGACAGGGGACCAAUGCCAAAUGGACCUGCAGAAUGAUUGGGUGGAUGCAGAGCCGAAGCAGUGAGGAACUCCAUGGGUGCAGGGAGAAUAGAAGGAAAAUGGCUGAAGUGGUGAAGAGACUUAGAACUACUCCGUACUUAGUAGCGGUCGAGAGGGGCUGUCCGUGUUUCCGUGCCGUGGGUCCAACUGCAGCUUCGGCCGAAGCGACAUGGAAUCACGAAAAGAAGACCAUUACUCGGUCCAGCCCGCCAACCACACGGGGUCUGGCCGGGCUGCUCAAUUCUCCACCGCCAGACUUGAACAGGUACAACCUUUGGUUCAAUCACGGGCUGCAGUCUCCUCUUCCCAAAUGACCCCCCAACUUUGGAAUGUCCUUCUCAUCCUCUCAUCUGUCAGCU